GCUCUCUCUUCAGCAUGCACGCCAUCCAGCAACACUACUGGUCUGUCCGCGAGUACCUGAGUCCUGUUCUCAAAGAGAGCAAGUUCAAGGAACACGGGCGAAUCACACCCGAGGAAUUCGUAGCCGCAGGCGACUUCCUCGCCUACAAGUUCCCUGUUUGGAGCUGGGAAGCGGGCGACGCAUCCAAAGCGAAGGACUACCUCCCGGCCGAUAAGCAGUACCUGCUCACCCGCGGCGUGCCGUGCCUGCGCCGCGCAACCUCGCUAGCGUACACGGACGCUGACGAGGACGCAGAGCGGCUGCUCUCGUUCGGCGACUCGACUGGCGCCGACGAAUGGGUCGAGACGCACGCGGGGCGCUCGGCCAACCCGGACUCGUCGAAUCCCGGCCAGAUCGACGAUAUUCCGGACUUGGAUGGGGGCGCCGAUGACGCGGUUGCCCAGGGCGUCGGCGCGCUGUCUCUCGGCGACGAUCCGACCCCCGAUUUGGAUGAUAUUCCGGAUAUGGAGGAGGAGGGGCUUGAGGAGGAGGAGGACGCGGCGACUGCUGCGCCCAAAGUCGUCGCCCCCGCCAGCCAACCGGAAGCCGCGGCGACGAACGCCAACCUACUCCAAGUCCGAACGUACGAUGUCAUGAUAACCUACGACAAAUACUAUCAGACUCCGCGCAUCUGGCUGAUUGGCUAUGAUGAGGUGCGGCUCGCCUGCCUCGUGUUGCUCGCGACUCACGGUCUGGAUCUUCAGAACGGCACACCGCUGACCCCGCAGCAAAUCUUCCAAGAUGUGUCCGCCGACCACGCGUUCAAGACGGUCACCAUCGAGGCGUUCCCGAACUCGGCGUCGCUGCAGGCGGCCUCCGUGCACCCGUGCAAGCACGCGAGCGUCAUGAAGAAGGUCAUCGAGCGCAUGAACAGCAGCGUCGUCGAGGAGCAGCUCGCGCAGCGCAAGUCGGCCGGCGGCGGGAGCAAGGACUCCAAGAAGAAAUGGUUCGGCCGCAAAGUCAGCGGGAGCGGCAAAGACGAUGCGAAGACGGCAGGGGAAGAGGAGGAGGUCGAAGGGAUGCGGGUCGACUUUUAUCUGGUCGUGUUCCUCAAGUUCAUUGCAUCCAUCGUGCCUACUAUCGAAGUCGACUCGACCACUUCGUUCUGA